AUGACUAUGGUUCGGCAGUACCCCCCGCAGCCGCCGUCGCAGCUUCCCUCCUCCGUGGCCUACAACAACAUCGCUCCUGCCCCCGCCCACGCCCCGUUCCUGCGCAAUGCCGCCAACCUCGAGGGACACAGUCUCGCCCAGCAAGCGCGGCCGCAGCAGUACGCCCACCCGCUCUCCAGACACAACUCGUACGGCUCCCAGCCCUCCGAGUCUGGCCGGACACCCAAACCCGCAGAACACAUGCUCCGCCGCAAGACGCCCAACGGAAUUCUGGCAGCUGCGUAUGACGGCACAUCCGUCGAAAAGAACGGGGAGCCGCAUGCAACCAAACACAUCCUCCUUCCCGUGACAGCUGAAUCAAAACCACCUUACGGUGUCAAGCAGGAUCUGCCUCUUCGCUCGCCAGGUGUCAACAGCGGCUUCGGACACGGUCAACAGAAUACGCCAGAAUGGAGUCCCAGUCGCUACUUCGAGACCGGGUCGGGUCUUACUGGCCAGCACCUACCCCAGAUUGAUUCUAUGCUAAACCAAAUACCCACGUUACAACCUCUUCUUCCAUAUCAAAUGUAUGGCCAUCCCUUCUGCGGGCCCAUGGGCCCGCCCUUCCAGGCGCCGUUGAAUCCGACUGUUUCCAACGACCAAGGACCAUUUGGACCCUAUUGGCACGACGGCACUUACAUCCCAUAUCGGCCUGCUGCCAUGCGGGAUCCUCGUUUCCUACAUCAUCCGAGUCACAAUUGGAGUCACCCGCAUAGUAAUGCCUUUAUCAGUCACCCUUACAAUGUCGUGCCCAACUAUGCUCAUUAUCCGCAAAAUCCUGUCCACCUGGAUUAUACCCAAGGCGCCUACAAUCAUCCAGCGAGGCCGUCAAUAGACUUAUCCCCCUAUGCACAGCCUCAAAACCAUGUCGCGUUAGACUAUCAGAAUCAAUCGCUACCUCCCCCUCUCACACAGCGUCCUCAAGAUUACCUACACUCUGGCCAGACGACGCCAGUCGCGGAGUAUACCCCCAUCAUGCCGACCGACGAGUACGGGCCAGAGUCACCCAACGGGCAAAGUCGGGAAAAGGUGUUUGCUUGGGCUCACGCAGUAUAUGUGGACCUACUCAAGUACCUUCAAUCAACACGUAAAGCCAGUUCGCAAAACGCUCAUGGACGUACACACCAUAGACCGCACAUCUAUCCUAAGCCGCCACGGCAGCCUGGACUCAGUCUGUCGAGUUCCUCCACCAACAGCGUUCCAUCUCUGGAGCGACGUGUCUCAUAUCCUAUUCCUACUCAGUAUGCCUCUCACUCGAGGGCAGAUUUCGGAUCUAGGAGACCCGCAAUGCCACACUCGCGCUCCCUGUCCGCGUGGUCCGUAGGCAGCUCGGAUGCAAAUGGCCAAUCAUGGCAAGGGUUACCACCGCAACACUCUAUGCUGCCCCCAAUGCCAGGCAUGGAUCCACCACGUACCUUGCGGCGGACCUCUGGCUCAGUUGCAAGCGCCCAUCAGAAUCUCCGCCAGGGCCUGCCUCCGAGUAUGACCGCUGCCUCAGCGCUCGAAGCGAUCACGAAGCAUUGUGAAGAGAGUAAAUGGAGCUGGAUAGAUGGCAUACUUUUAGGGGGUUGUCUCGCGUAUGCACUAGGUGACUAUCAAAAGGCUCAGGACUGGUACAAACACAUCCUUACCUUGGACAAAGAGUAA